UAAUCCCUGUUUGUUAUUUCAAAUGAUUUAUUUAUAUAAAGAAAAAAAAAAUCCCAAACAUUAUGCGCUCCACACUCCUAUCCAGUAGGUGGCGUGAAUGCAUAAUUUAAGUUAGUCUGCCAACCACCAUUAACACCAGAAGAGGAAGAAGAAAUCAGCUGACAUACAGGGCUGAAAACAGAAGACAUGCUCAAUUUAAGAUAAAAAUAUACUAAGUUUAUGGGUGUAACAUUAUAGUUUAGUUCUGUUAGGAAUAUUUUCUGUUUUUAAUUUAUAUAAUAUUGUGACGCUGAAUUGAUUGUAGUUUUUAGCCUUUUGAUAGGUUUAAUGAGGAAGUUGCCUUUUUGCUUUACGCAGCUUUUCUAUUUAGUGUCCACACAAGCCAGAUUUAUUACUGAUCCAUACAACUAAAUGCGCGCUAACCUUUAGCAGACAUCUUUGUUAUCAUGGCUUCUUCGUUCAAAAUCGGAGAGAGGUUUCAGGAGAAGGUGAGAGAUUUACUGGAGAGUGAAUCUGCCUUAUCAGAAGAGCUGAAGGAAGAGUUGAAUGCUCUGAAAGAUCAGUCCAUCAUUCCAUUCAAGACUGUUAGGAAACUACACAAGCUCCUUGAAGAAAAUGGAUAUCCAGUGUACCUUCAUGAGCUGUUUGAGGACAGCACACUUCAUCUUCCAGAAGUCGUCAAACCUCCAAGGAACCCCCAGCUGGUCGCCCGCCUAGAAAAAAUUAAAGCAAAACUUGCCAAUGAAGAAUAUAAGAGAAUAACUCGGAAUGUAAAUCCGCAGGAAAUGAAACAUCAUGGUACACUAGCAGACUUUGGAAGAGAAGUACGUUCUGUGAAGGCAGUUGUUGUUACUGUAUUCAACUUCCUGGUAACUGUAGUUGCAGCAUUUGCUUGUUCAUAUCUGGGCAGCCAGUAUAUCUUCACAGAGACAACAGCAAGAGUAAUAGCUGCAGUGAUUGCAGCAUCUGUUGUUGGCCUUGCUGAGCUUUAUGUUCUUGUCCGGACUAUGGAGGGAGACCUUGGAGAGCCCUAAUACCAACUAAUGUCAUUCAGUAUUUCCAUAUGUUUUUGUCAUCACAAACAUCUUUCACUGUACAGUUUAAUUUUGUGCUUUCUUCCCCUUCCCCCUCCAAAAUCCAAAUGGUAAGAUGUUUAACAGUGCUUGAUCUAACAUAUAGUAAAAGAUUUUGCAAAGGAAUCCUUUAAAUUACAAUGUACAAGAUUAGAAUUAAUCAGUUUUCUUGGAAACCCUUCAAUUUCAAAACACCAGAGGGUAAAUUAUGAUUGUAUUGUUGUCUUGUUUUCCACAUCUGUCAUCUUAGUAUUUAUUUGAAUGUGUGUCAUUUCUUGUUUCAGUCAUAACUAAGAGACAUGGUUGUUAAUGAAUUGUGCUUUGAUGUUUAUUGUAAUUGUUAUUGACUCACAAGAUGUAGUGUGGUAAAAUGUCAUCUUUUUUUCUUUUUCUUUUUUACAAGAAAAUAAUAAAAAAAACAUCCAAAAAGCUAA